AUGGCAAGGCUUUGUUUUACAUUGGUGAUCUUAGCAUUGGCUUUACUGGUUUCACAAAGUAAUCAGUCACUAACCUGCACAUCACAAAAAUACAUAAACAAGAAUGUGUACACAAACUGCACUGAUCUUUCAUACCUAAAUGCCUACCUUCACUGGACAUACAACACUACCAAUUCCACAUUGUCCAUUGCUUUCACAGCCCCACCAUCAAAGCCAGAGGGUUGGGUUUCAUGGUCCAUAAAUCCAGUAAAGCCCUCCAUGAUUUCAGCCCAGGCCUUAUUAGCCUUCAAACACAAAGACAACAUAACCAUCAACACCUACAACGUAACUUCUUAUGCCGACGCAACUAAGUGGGGGACCAAGCUGUCAUACGAGGUUUGGGACUUGAGCGCCGAGGAAAGCAAUGGAAACAUCACAAUUUUCGGGAAAUGGAAGCUCCCAGAGAAGACUAAGAUGGUGAACCAAAUUUGGCAAGUUGGUCCAGGCAUAACCGAUAAAGGAUUGCCGCUUCCCCACGACAAGAAUCUAGAUAAUUUGAAUGCCAGAGGGAUGCUUCAGUUGUUGGGGACACAGAGUGUUGCUAGUCCUACUCCUUCUCCUUCUCCUGCUGGUCUUGUGCCUGGUGCUCCUGCACCAGCUGGUAAAAAGAAAAGUGCGAGCACAAGAAUUGGAGGGAGAAUCAGUGUUGGUUUUUACAUGGGGUUGGUUGUGAUUCUUGGGAGUUUGAUUGUUUUGGAGAUUUGA